UUGUUUAUUUAUUUGUUUAGCAGAACUGUUCAUUUUUCUGAUUGAUGUAGCAUGUGUUUACACUAUCCAGUGUUCAUAUCUACAAACGGCAACUCUUGAUAAAUGUUUGUAUUUCUACAGGGCUCCCUCCCCUCCUGGAAUUCGGAGUGGCUUAUAUAAUGUCUCUCCGCUCCAAUGUUCACUUUUCCUAGUGCUGGUCAAAUAUUUUUUGAACACACAGAUACACACAGGAACCUGCCAUAUCUUUAAAACCAUGAUCUUACACCUCAUUUUCGACAGCCUUGAUUUUAAGAGCUGGAUGGUUUUAAUUUUAGUUAUUCUGGUUCUGUAUGAUGUUUUCAAAAACAGGAAUCCUUCAAAUUUCCCUCCAGGACCCUGGCCUCUUCCAUUCCUUGGAACUGUAUUUACUGAAAUGGAUUUUAAGACUAUGGAUAAGUUGGCAAAAGUCUAUGGGAAGAUCUUUAGCUUGAGAGUGGGCAGUGAGAAAGUAGUAGUCGUUUCAGGAUAUAAACUGGUAAAGGAGACCCUGGUUGCACAAAAUGAUGGUUUUGUUGAGCGUCCAAAUGUUCCUAUGUUCAACAAAACAUUUAAAGGAAUAGGUAUAGCUUUGAGUAACGGAUACAUGUGGCGCAUGCAUAGGAAGUUUACCGUUUCUCAUUUGAGGAACUUCGGCGAGGGGAAAAAGGCCAUUGAGCUCAGCAUCCAACAAGAGUGUGUUUUCCUAUGUGAUGCAUUUAGGGUGGAAAAGGGACCUUUUAAUCCUCAGGUCACCAUAAACAGUGCUAUUUCAAAUAUCAUUGCCUGCUUGGUGUUGGGACAACGCUUUGACUAUCAUGAUGAGCGUUACCAAAACAUUUUACGCCUUGACACUGAAUGUAUUCAGCUAGCAGGCCAAACUAGAACACAGUUGUACAAUGUGUGGCCUCAACUCUUUGACUACCUUCCUGGCCCCCACCAAACAAUGUUUGCCAACUAUGAGAAGAUCACAGAUUUCCUGAGAGGAGAGAUCAUAAAACACAGAGAAGACUGGGACUCUUUAAACCCUCGUGACUAUAUAGACACCUACUUGACAGAGAUACAGAUGAAAAAGAGUGACCCUGAGGCUGGUUUUAAUAUAGAAGGGUUAGUGGUGGCUUGUUUAGACCUGAUUGAAGCUGGGACAGAAACUUCAACGACAACAUUACGCUGGGGUCUGCUCUAUAUGAUAAAGUUUCCAGAAAUACAGGAAAAGGUCCGGGAAGAAAUAGACAGAGUCAUUGGCCAGUCCCGUCAACCCUGCUUGGCUGACAGAGUUGACAUGCCCUACACUGAUGCUGUCAUCCAUGAGACACAAAGAUUGGGUAAUGCUGUGCCACUGGGAUUCCCUAAACUUGCUGCUAAAGACACCAUGCUAGGAGAAUACUUCAUUCCUAAGGGUACAGCCGUUACAACCAGUCUGUCUUCAGUUCUCUAUGAUCCAGAUGAAUGGGAAACACCACACACAUUUAACCCACAACACUUUCUGGAUGAUAAAGGCCAGUUUCGGAAGAGGGGGGCUUUCUUGCCAUUUUCAGCAGGUAAGAGAGCGUGUUUGGGAGAGCAGCUGGCCCGUAUGGAGCUCUUCCUGUUUUUCACCUCCCUGCUGCAGCAAUUCACCAUCUCAAAAUGUCCAGGAGAGGAGCCCAGUUUGGACGGAGAGAUAUGGUUUACAUACGCUCCUACUCCGUUCCGCAUUUGUCUGUCCCCACGUUAGACUCUGGGAAAAGAAAAUAGCAAUUCUUUUAGGAUCAAUUAAAGGAUCAUGAUUUGUAAAGUUCCAUAGUUCAGUAUAUUGUUUUCUUAAUGUACUCAUAGUAUUAUAACCUUAUUUUUAUUUUUAUUUUUUUGCAUUAUUAUUUAAAGCAUCUAUUUUAGUCAACUAUAUAUAAAAACAGAGUCAGAUGUGAUGUUUAUGAUGAUGGAUCUUUGCAGAUGAAGAGUCAACAAAGAACAAAUAUUGUACAACUACAUUGUUUUUUUUCUAUUCUUGCAUAACAUCUACUGGAUAAACACAACGUUACCAUCAUUUUUAUUUUGGGUUGUUUAAUUCUAAAUGCGUUUUUGUGAAUGAGUAUAUGAGCAAUUUACCGGAUUGAGUUUUCCAUAAUCAGAAUUGUCAUUUCUUUAAAUGGAAGUAAGAAAUGGAAACAACAGAAUUACAGAGCAAACAUUUUUUAUUUAAUAUUAUACCAUUAAACAUUCUUUUAGUUUGUUAUAACCAAACAUGUCUAGCCAAGUAAAGGAAUGUUUCACAGUACAAAGUGACUUGUUCCCGAGCAACAAAUGAGGCAUGUACCAUACUGGGGCCCCAGACCCAUGAGAAUUGUCUUUCUUUGUUCAUAAAAACAUGUUUACAAUGUACGGAAUGAGUAUUUCGAAUCCUGUCGACCAGAGACAAACUCCUUGUUUGUUUUACUUUCUUUUUGUUUAGUAAAAAAAUGUUGUAACAUAUUGAGUCUUUGACUCCUUUUACAUACUUCAAUUUUUCAAUAAACAUUACUUAAUUAAAUGCA